UCUACAUAAUCAAUGCCAACAGCGCCCGACUUCACAGUCCUUUUAGUUUCUCCGUGCAGACCGCAGCGUUUUCUCUGUUCACGUAGAAAACCCGCGAUUUUGCCAAGAUGACAGAGUUGCAUCACUUGCCAACUGAUUGAGACGAUGACAUAAUGCACCACUCUACUUCAAUCUCCUCCAAUCUGAUCUUCAGGAUGAUUUUCUGAUAGGCCAUGACCAAAGACGGAGACCUGCCCACCAUCUUCAAUCCUCGAGGUCGGAACAGAGCCCCCAGUGUCCUGAUAACGGAAGAAGGGGUCGCAAAUGGCCCCUUCGCCCACGCAGACUCGAUAACCAGCAGCCAAACGGAACAGGGAGUCGAAACUGUCACCCAACCCACACCAACUCCUACCGGUCUGGCAGCUAAAUUGAAAUCCUGCUCGAGCUCAAUUUGUUCCAAGUCUGCCAGAAAGAUAUAUUUUGGAGUAUGGGUAACAGUUUGCGUAACAGCAUCUUGGGUAGGUGCCACACAUUGUAUCAAAUAUCUCUAUCUGAGAAGGCCAAUACUAGAUGUAGAUGAUGACCCCAUAUUGGUGCCACAUGAUACAACUGGUAUUAAUAUGUCAGCUAUUCAACAAACGUAUGGCAUUCCUUAUCAAGCUCCAUUCUUCACGACUUGGUUCGUAACGAAUUGGACCAUGCUCUUCUUUCCUUUAUUCUUCAUCAGUAGAAUAAGCACGAAACGAUGCGAAUCAAUGUCCGACAUUCUUUCGGAAUGUAUAAGGGAUUUUAGGGAUCGAGGAUUCACCCUUGGUCGUUUCAUGAUAAGAUGCAUCUUUUUCUGCCUUCUUUGGGUAGGAACUCACUACAUGUACAUAUUGUCUUUACGGAUAUUGCUUGCCACCGAUGUGAUGGCCCUCUUUGCUACAAAUGUUUCCUUCGUCUAUUUGCUCUCGUGGGUUAUCCUCCACGAGCAAUUUGUUGGAAUAAGGAUUAUGGCUGUGAUAAUCUGCGACACGGGCGUAGCCCUUCUCGCCUACAUGGACGGUAUUACAGGGAGUCCAACCUUAGGUGGGGUUGUUUUGGCGUCGUCUGCAGCAGCAGGCUCUGCCGUGUACAAAGUACUUUUUAAGAAAGUUAUAGGAGAUGCCACUUACGGUCAAGUGGCGCUGUUCUUCUCACUGAUCGGUAUGCUCAAUGCGGCCUUCCUAUGGCCUCUCAGCCUGUUGCUGUUCUUCACCGGUAUAGAGAGUUUUCAGUACGAUAAAUUACCAUGGGCAGCUUUGCUGUGUGCCAGUUUUCUUUCUCUUGUUGCCAAUUUACUGGGAAACUUCAGCGUUGCUCUCACCUAUGAUUUAUUCAUCACCCUGGGACUCAUAACAGCGGUUCCAGUUUCCGCAGCACUGGAUGUUGUGCUGUACGGCGCCACCUUCGAAGGGAUGAAACUAGCAGGCAUGAUACUAAUUGCCAUUGGUUUUUUUCUGGUUAUGUUCCCAGAAAACUGGCCCGACUAUAUAACAAGGUUAUUGAGGAGUAUUAUCAUGUUGAGCCACAGUGCCAGUAAAACACUUGUAGACACCAGGGAUAUAAUAAAGAGCAACAGCAAAACUAACACCCGAAUGUCGUUUGAGGUGGAGCAGGCGGAGCAGGCAUGGGAUGCGGACUGGGUUGCAGAAGGACGAGGUGGACUAUCGUACGGGCUACAUACGUUCACACCUACGAUCUCCUUCAGGUAGAGUCAGAUGACCGACCAAAUUCAUCCUCUCAUAAACGGGAAAUUUGUCUUCUUCGAUGUUUUAUAUCGAUGUGAUACUCUAGAUGUAACAGAACAGAUCUAUCUGUUCCUCAGAUUACAUGGAGUGAUUCUCGCAGUACCUAUGUUUUAUUCUAUGGACAGGCAUAGAAAAGCAGAAAUUUGAUUACAAGGUUGUCUCUGAUUACAAAUGAAAUUUAAAUAACUAAUAACUAAGCUUGGGGAAGAGGCUUUUGAAUUGACAAUUUUUUUCUAAUGGAAAUAAAGAGCUUGUAAUAUAUAGUCGAACAUUUUCAUUGUUAUUUGAAAAGCAAUUAUAAUCCUUCCAUAGAUAAGAUGGAUUCUUUAUUAUAAUGACCACUUGUACGCGGUUUUUUUUAUAAUGAAAGUAUUUUUCGAUCUAUUGUAAAUUCCUUCAACUAUCGAACUGACCCACAAAUUAACAUUUUAAAAAGUGGUUAUUGCCAUUUCCAUAAAUAGCAUAUUCACAUGUAGAAAGUUUUCAUUUGCAAAACUCUUCAGUAGGCAGAGAGAACAUGCUCUCAUAAUGAGAAAAAUAAAAUUUGAUUAAAUCACUAGGCAAAAGCUAGUUUUUCCGCUGUCUUAAGUCCAAAGAAUAAUCUGGUUAUUGCAAAUUAAAAAUGAUACUGAAGCUUUGACCCAGCUACAGAAUACUCAUAUCAAAAACUCUUUACAUAUAUUCUGGAACCAAUAUUUUACUAGACUUGAAUGAAAAAUGUAUUUUGAUCAAAUGAUAUUCAACAAAAUUUCAGUCAUAAAGUAGAGAUAAAAAUUGAAAAUUCUCUUGAAGAAAAAAAAUUACCCAUUGAGAUCUCCAAGGUUCUUGUAGUUUUCACUUCAUAACUUCAAAAUUCAGGGAUAUCAACCCCAGUUGGAAUUAAUCAUUUUUGUUCUAAAAAAAGAUUAAAUGAAAUAAAGAUUUUAAAUCAUAUCAAAUGCUGGAAUGCACUCUUCAUCUCAAAUAAAUCCAAAAUUAUUAAAAGUUCUAAUUUCAUUUGGGAUUAAUUUCCAUGAAUCCAGUAAAUAUUUAAAUUCAUGAUGCAAAAGAUAAAAUGUCCAAGUUGUUCUAAUAUACAGAUAACAGAGAUACUGUUAUCUGAGUUUUAAUAUCACAUUAUGGAUUUUGGAAUGAAUAAUACUUGAAUAAUGAUAAUUUUGAGCAUGACAUCACAAAUAUCAAAUUUUUAGCACAUACUUGUUCCAUUUUGGACAAUAUUGUUCGAUGAAUGAUCAAAAAAUUAGAGCUAUAAUCUACCUAAUCAACAAAAAUUUUUGUAUAUAUAUAUUUGUAUUUCUGAUAGUUGAAUUAUGGAAAUAAUAUUUUGUUUGUUAGAUCCAUAUUUGUUAUAAUUCAUACUUGUAUUAAUUCAAUAAAGUUAUGAAAGUGUCAAUACUAAUUCAAUAAAUUAAAUAAAUAAAAAUAAAAGAUAAAUACAAAUGCAGAUGAUAAUACAGGAAAUUCAUCUCGAAGGCAAAUUUUCAGAUAUACAAAUAAGUUUUUUGAACUAUCAUUUGCCAUUCUAUGUGAAAAACCAUUCAGAAUAAAAAAAAACUUGUAUUUUCAGAAAUCACUUUAAAUAAUUUUAUUUGUGAUAAUGUGUAAAUAUCAAUUUUGCAUUCUUCCACUUUUGAUCUAUAACACAAUCCACAACUGACCUAUAUAAUUUUACAUGAUUUCAUCAAGAAACAUCUAAUCUAUCGUUGAUACGUAUCCCAUAAAAGAUUGUAUAAAAAGUUUUAUAAUCAAAAGGAUCACAUAAAACAUAAGACAAAAUAUUUA